AUGAUGCUCGCCGAGAUGAUGACCGGCGACCAUCUUCAACUUCUGAAGAAUCAGGAACCGGCAGUUCCACAUGUCUUUCCAGAAGGAUGUAAUCUCUACUGGUCAUCUCUCAAUGUCACUGGCCCCGAAACGAAAUCCACAAAUUUCAUCGAUCGAUUUCGGAAUAAUGCACCAAAGAGACAAGUGAAAGAGAUCCUUCACAACGUGUCGGGAAUGGCAGAGUCUGGAAAAUUAUUGGCGAUAAUGGGAAGUUCUGGAGCAGGAAAAACGACACUUAUGAAUGUUUUGACAUCGAGAAAUUUGACAAAUUUGGAUGUUCAGGGAUCGAUUUUAAUCGAUGGAAAGAGGGCGAAUAAGUGGAAAAUUCGAGAGAUGUCCGCAUUCGUCCAACAACAUGACAUGUUCGUCGGAACAAUGACCGCCCGUGAACAUCUUCAAUUCAUGGCUCGACUUCGAAUGGGCUCCGAAUAUUAUUCAGAAGAAGAACGAGAGACUCGAGUAAAUCAAGUUCUCACCCAAAUGGGACUUCAGAAAUGUGCAGAUACAGUAAUCGGAAUACCAAAUCAAUUGAAAGGGUUGUCGUGUGGAGAAAAGAAACGAUUGGCUUUUGCUUCAGAGAUUUUGACAUGUCCGAAGAUUUUAUUUUGUGAUGAACCUACCUCCGGGCUGGAUGCUUUCAUGGCAGGCCACGUUGUUCAAGCUCUCCGUCGUUUAGCAGAUAAUGGAAUGACAGUAAUCAUCACAAUUCACCAGCCAAGCAGUCAAGUGUAUUCACUGUUCAAUAAUGUCUGCUUAAUGGCAUGUGGACGAGUCAUCUAUUUGGGCCCUGGGGAUCAAGCAGUCCCACUAUUCGAAAGAUGUGGAUUCCCGUGUCCCGCCUACUAUAAUCCAGCUGAUCAUUUGAUAAGAACGUUGGCAGUGAUUGAUAGUGAUAGAGCCACUUCGAUGAAAACUAUUUCGAAAAUCCGCCAAGGCUUCCUCUCCACUGAUUUGGGACAAUCCGUUCUGGCCAUUGGAAAUGCGAACAAAUUACGAGCUGCUUCCUUCGCGACGAGUAGUGAAACUUCGGAGAAAACAAAAACCUUUUUCAAUCAAGACUACAACGCCUCAUUCUGGACUCAGUUCCGCGCACUUUUCUGGAGAUCAUACCUUACUGUUAUUAGGGAUCCCAACCUACUUUCUGUUCGGUUGUUGCAGAUUAUUAUAACCGCCCUCAUCACUGGUCUCGUAUUCUUCCAAACUCCCGUCACUCCAGCUACCAUAAUCUCAGUAAAUGGAAUCAUGUUCAAUCAUAUCAGAAAUAUGAACUUUAUGCUCCAAUUCCCUAAUGUUCCCGUGAUAACAGCCGAACUGCCUAUUGUUCUCCGUGAAAACGCAAAUGGAGUCUAUCGGACAAGUGCCUACUUUCUGGCAAAGAAUAUCGCAGAGUUGCCUCAAUAUAUCAUUUUACCCGUGUUGUAUAACACAAUUGUCUACUGGUUAUCCGGAUUGUAUCCCAAUUUUUGGAAUUAUUGUUUCGCGUCGUUGGUGACUAUUUUGAUUACAAAUGUUGCUAUUUCUAUAUCCUACGCCGUUGCCACAAUCUUCGCCAACACCGACGUCGCCAUGACAGUUCUCCCAAUUUUCGUUGUUCCCAUUAUGGCUUUCGGAGGCUUUUUCAUCACUUUCGACGCGAUUCCAUCCUAUUUCACAUGGCUCUCAUCUCUCUCGUAUUUUAAAUACGGAUACGAAGCACUUGCAAUAAAUGAGUGGGAAUCGAUUAAAGUGAUUCCGGAAUGUUUUAAUAGUUCAGUGACCGCAUUCGCAUUAAAUGGGUGUCCACGCAAUGGCUAUGAAGUAUUGGAAUCGAUCGAUUUCUCAGCCUCUCAUAAAAUUUUUGACAUCGCUAUCCUCUUCGUCAUGUUUAUCGGAAUUCGCAUAAUCGCCUACGUGGCACUUUUGAUCCGUUCUUACAAUAAUACGUAG